AUGCCCAUCCCGCAGUAUCCAUAUGGAGAGAGCAAUUCAGGGGUCACACCACAGCCCAGACCCCCGGAGGACACUUGGGCCCCCCCCACCAUCUACGGGGCGCAGCCGCCUUACGCGUGGCCCGCGGCCCCGGCGCACGGGAACCCCUUCGUCUCCGAUCCGCAGCCGUCCUGGACUGGCAGCAGAGCUCCCCCCCACCCUCCUGCGUGGGACACCAAGGGACAGAUGAUGCUUCUACAGCAGGAUACUGCUUAUGACAAACCUGAGCACGGCGCAAACCAACACAACUACUAUUCCGAUGUCAAUCACCAGCACUCUGGGACAAUGAACGACCACAAAGCAGCCACCCCGCUCAACCCCAGGCCACCCCCCUCAAACCCCAAGGUGCAGUACAGUGCACAGCCCCAAAUGUACAACACAGCAUCUCGGAAGCUUUCAGCUGGGAACCGGGAGGCUGGAUUUAAACCUGCUGACCAGCCUGCGACAAAUUCUGCAGCCAUCCAGCCAGAGAUUCAGAGAAUUCUCCACGUUAUGGGGGAGGCUGAACAGUUGGAGCAAGAGGUGGAUGAAUUUGUAGGAAAAAAGACAGAUAAAUCCUACCGGCUUCUAGAGGAGAUGUUGACCAAGCUGCUGUUGGAACUGGAUUCCAUCGAGACUGGUGGCCAGGACGGUGUUCGGCAGGCCAGGAAAGAGUCCGUCCACAGAAUUCAGGCCAUACUGGAAAAACUGGAAAGAAAAGGAUUAUAA